AUGUCACUUGCUGGACAAAUAGCUGUGGUAACCGGAGCAUCAAGGGGAAUAGGACGAGGCGUUGCGUUGCAGUUGGGUGAAGCUGGAGCUACUGUUUAUAUCACUGGCAGGAAGCCAGCCCAAAGUGGCGCUGCUACAGACAAUUAUCUGCCAACCUUGGAGAAGACAGCCAAAGAGAUAACGGAACGUGGUGGAAAGGGAAUUCCAGUGUACGUUGACCAUUCGAAUAUGGAUGAGGUUAAAGAGUUCUUCUCGAAGCUAGAACAAGAUCACAACGGACAGUUAGACAUUCUUGUUAACAACGCUUAUGCUGCUGUAAAGACAAUCAUGGAAACAGCAGGGAAGCCAUUCUACGAGUGCCCUCCUGAUAUAUGGGAUGAAGUCAACAAUGUGGGAUUGAGGAACCAUUACUACUGCUCUGUAUACGCAUCUAGAAUCAUGGUGAAGAACGGAAGCGGACUCAUCGUGAACAUUAGCUCAGCAGGCGGUCUGAGGUAUCUAUUCAAUAUACCAUAUGGAGUAGGAAAGGAAGCGCUGGAUAGAAUGUCCGCAGAUAUGGCUGUAGAACUAAAGCCCAAAAAUGUAUGCGUUGUGUCGUUAUGGCCAGGUGCAGUACGAACAGAAAUGGUGACCAAUAUGAUGUCCUCGCCAGCAAAAACAAACGAGCUCGCCAAUGUCUUUAAAGAUGGCGAAACUAUAGAAUAUCCCGGUAAAGCCAUUGUUGCUAUAGCAUCUGACGACCGAAGAAUGGAGAAGACUGGACGAACACUAAUAACAGCAGACAUUGGCAACGAGUACGGUUUUCUAGAUACUGACGGUCGCAAGCCGCCGAACCUUCGCAGUCUCUCGUAUCUGCUGUCUCAUACAGGCCAUACACAGGCUGCACAGUGGGUACCAUCGUGGGUGAAGAUACCUGGAUGGUUUCUUUGGGCCGCUUCGAGUCGCUUAUGA